AUGCUUUAUUCUUUCUUUUUUUUCUUUUUCUUUUCUCUGCUUUCUUUCUUUUUUCUUUCUUUUUCUUCCUUUUUUAUUUCUUUUCAUUCUUUCUUUUCUUUCUUUUCCUCUCUUUCUUUCUGUUUUCUUUUUUUCUUUCCUUUCUUUCUUUUCCUUUUCUUUCUUUCUUUCUUUUCUUCUUUCUUUCUUUUUUUACGUUUUCUUUCUUAUCCAUUCUUUCUUUAUUUUUUCCAAGAUUCCUUUCUUUCUUUUCCUUUACUUUCUUUCUUUCUUUCUUUCUUUCUUUCUUUCUUUCUUUCUUUCUUAUUCAUUCUUUCUUCUUUCUUUCUUUCUUUUUCUUUGUUUCUUUUCUUUACUUUCUUACUUUUUUCUUUCUUGUUUCUUUCUUUUUCUUCCAUUUCUUUCUUUCGUUCUUUCUAUUUUCUUUGCUUUCUUCAUUUAAUUCUUUCAUUUUCUUUAUUUCUUUUUAAUUCUUUAUUCUUUCUUUUUUCUUUUCUCUGCUUUCUUUCUUUUUUCUUUUUGUUCUUCCUUUUUUAUUUCUUUUCAUUCUUUCUUUUCUUUCUUUUUUCUCUCUUUCUUUCUGUUUUUUUUGUCUUUCUUUUUUUCGUUUUCUUUCUUAUCCAUUCUUUCUUUAUUUAUUCCAAGUUUCCAUUCUUUCUUUUCCCUUUCUUUCUUUCUUUCUUUUUUUCGUUUUCUUUCUUAUCUAUUCUUUCUUUAUUUUUUCCAAGUCUCCUUUCUUUCUUUUCCCUUUCUUUCUUUCUUUCUUUCUUUCUUUCUUUCUUUCUUUCUUUCUUUCUUUUUUUUCGUUUUCUUUCUUAUCCAUUCUUUCUUUAUUUUUUCCAAGUUUCCUUUCUUUCUUUUCCUUUUCUUUCUUUCUUUCUUUCUUUCUUUCUUUCUUUCUUUCUUUCUUUCUCGGUCUCUUCAUAUCUUUCCGUCUCAAUAAUGAUUUUUGUUAUCUAUCUAUUUCAGACAUUUCCAGCCUUCCAUCGCCAUAUCUAUUUAUCUAUGCCUGUCUCUAUCUAUCUAUCUAUCUAUCUAUCUAUCUAUCUAUCUACCUAUCUUUUUCCUGACUGUCAUCUAUCUAUCUAUCUAUCUAUCUAUCUAUCUAUCUAUCUAUCUAUCUUUUUUCCUCACUGUCAUCUAUCUAUCUAUCUAUCUAUCUAUCUAUCUAUCUAUCUACCUUUUUUCCUCACUGUCAUCUAUCUAUCUAUCUAUCUAUCUAUCUAUCUAUCUAUCUAUGCCUGUUUCUUUCUAUUUAUCUCUCUCUCUCUCUCUCUCUCUCUAUCUAUCUAUCUAUCUAUCUAUCUAUGUCUGUUUCUAUCUAUCUAUCUUUUUUCCUCACUGUCAUCUAUCUAUCUAUAUAUCUAUCUAUCUGUCUAUUGUAUGAAUCUAUCUAUCUAUCUAUCUAUCUAUCUAUCUAUCUAUCUAUCUAUCUAUAUUCAUUAUCUAUCUCAGAUUUUUCUAUCUAUCUAUCUAUCUAUCUAUCUAUAUAUAUAUAUAUAUAUAUAUAUAUAUAUAUAUAUAUAUAAUCUAUCUAUCUAA